AUGGGUUGCUGCUUGUCUCUGUCGCGCUCCAAUGACCGCCCUUCCUAUGCCGCCCAGGUAGUCACCGAAGAACGCCGCCCCGAGGAAUCCCACCCCCGAGCUGUCGCAACCAGCAACGCGCUCACCUCCGACACCCCUUCUGCCACCGCGCGCACUCCCCGGAUCAGAGCACAGCACUUCGCGCUCAACCAGCAUUACAACGCCCCCAUCCGCCGACAUGUCUGGUAUAGCAAGCGACGCAUGUGGACGCGCGCGCAGCUGGACCAGGAGCGCACGGAGUUCUUCGAAACGAGGGUAACGGGUCGCUCAGAGGUCUGGGCGGCCCUGUCAGCAGCGAUCACUCUAGUGCGUGCCGGUGAUCUCGCAACCGCCCAGAGUAUCGUCGACGCUGCCGGUGUCACCGUGCCCACGGGCGAUCUUUGCCAAGGCUGCUACGACGAGCAGGGUGUCCUGUACCGGUUGCCACAGUGCGUCGUGAGCGAUCCGGAGAACAUCGUGCGGUCGGAUGGGGAUCAAGACGACUUCGAGACAGACGACGGCAAGCUGUCCUCAGACGAAGCAUCUGGAGACGAACUAAUCGCCGACGACGCGGAAAGGCGCCGGGACGAGAAGGGCAAGACCAGCGAGCGCGACCUAAUCCGGGUGAAAGCACGACUCAGCGAUCGAGACGGCCCCGAUAUCGUUUUGACGGUCGGGAAGAGUGUGAAUGUCGGCCUGAUCGCCCGCAAGUUGCAGCAAGAGGCGGUGAUCCCGCGCAGCCACCGUGUGAAAUUCGCCUACUUGGGCCGAAUCCUCAAAGAGCAUGUGCCCUUGGCCGACCAAGGAUGGAAUCCCGCCCAUGUAAUAAACGCUCUCGUCGUCCCCCGGCAAUCCGAACCAUGA